CUAGGAAGGCCCACAACCCUGUGUGAGACGAUGGGGAAAGCAGAGAUAUGGUUAAUCAGAACAUACUGGGAUUUUGAAUUUCCACGCCCUCUCCUGCCCAACUUUGAGUUCGUUGGAGGACUUCACUGCCAGCCUGCAAAGCCAUUACCAGAGGAAAUGGAAGAAUUUGUUCAGAGCUCAGGAGAACAUGGCAUUGUGGUAUUCUCUCUUGGAUCGAUGGUCUACAACCUAACUGAUGAAAAAAGCAAUCUGAUUGCUGGCGCCCUCAGCCAGCUUCCACAAAAGGUUCUCUGGCGGUACAAAGGAAAAAAACCACAAACCCUGGGCUCCAACACCAGGAUUUAUGACUGGAUACCCCAAAAUGACCUGCUUGGCCAUCCCUUGGCAAAGGCCUUCAUUACUCACGGUGGGACCAACGGGAUCUACGAAGCUAUCUACCAUGGGAUCCCGAUGGUUGGGAUUCCCAUGUUUGCCGACCAGCACGACAACAUUGCUCACAUGAGGGCAAAGGGAGCUGCAGUUGAGCUGGACUUCAGCACAAUGACGAUGCAGGACCUAGUCGAUGCACUGAAGACAAUCAUUAACAAUUCCACCUAUAAGGAAAAUGCUCUAAGGUUAUCCAAGAUACACCACGACCAGCCACUUAAGCCUCUGGACAGAGCUGUCUUCUGGGUUGAAUUUGUCAUGCGCCACAAAGGAGCAAAGCACUUGAGACCAGCCGCUCACCAUCUCACCUGGUACCAGUACCACUGCCUGGACAUUCUGGCAUUCUUGCUCACCUGUGCGGCCAUUGUUGUCUUCAUUCUUGUCAAGUGCUGCGUAUUUUGCUGUAGGAGAUGUGGCAGGAUUGCGAAGAGGAAGACAGACUAGACAUCCUGAUCCCAUCAACACUUUUUUU